CUAAUAAUUAACAAAAUGCUACACAUUCGAACUUAUGAUUAUAAAUAUAUUUUAAUACUUUAUGCAUAUUAUAAGUUGGGACAGUUAUUCAAUGUAUAUGUUAAUAAUCAACUAAUCAAUGUUGUAUUAGAAGAUUAUUCACUAUCGAACUUUGAAAGUGGGACUGUACACUUUGUUAAUAUUAAAAGUAAAAUUAGAAAGAGAAAACUAAGCUCAUCUGGCUAUUGGAAACAAAAUGGAAUUGAGAAUGUAAUUAAAGCUGCCUUGCCAGAAAGCCUAAUUGGUUCCAAAAGAACUCUAACCUAUCAAGAGGAUAAAAAAUAUAAACUUUGGGAAUAUGGUCUCUAUUUGAACAACUAUCAAUACGGAUAUAAUGUUUUAAUUCGUCAUUAUCUUUGCGAUACUGUUGGAACUCCCCAACGUUAUGUUUCUGGUAAUAUUAAAGUUAGUAUCAGACCAAAAGAAGGAAACAUCUCAUUUUCAAGAUCUGACUUUGUUAUUGACGAAAAUGACUUUGAAGUAAUAGAUUCAAUUUAUUAUUUUAUUUGUAAUAACAAAUUUAAUAUAAUUGAUAUAAAUAUGAAUAUAUACGACAAUCACUCAGGCAUAUUAGAUGAAAAUGACGCCGAAAACCAACAUAGACUCAUAACUUCUAAAUAAAUAAAAUUUUACUUUUUAAAAAACU